AUGGAGGAACCUGACAGCCUGGAGGUACUGGUGAAGACCCUGGACUCUCAGACCCGGACCUUUAUUGUGGGGGCCCAGAUGAAUGUAAAGGAGUUUAAGGAGCAUAUUGCUGCUUCUGUUAGCAUCCCGUCUGAGAAACAACGGCUUAUCUACCAGGGACGAGUUCUGCAGGAUGAUAAGAAGCUCCAAGAAUACAAUGUUGGGGGAAAGGUUAUUCACCUUGUGGAACGGGCUCCUCCUCAGACUCAGCUCCCUUCUGGAGCAUCUUCUGGAACAGGGUCCACCUCAGCCACCCAUGGUGGGGGACCCCCGCCUGGUACUCGGGGGCCUGGGACCUCUGUCCAUGACCGGAAUGCCAACAGCUAUGUCAUGGUUGGAACCUUCAAUCUUCCCAGUGACGGCUCUGCUGUGGAUGUUCACAUCAACAUGGAACAGGCCCCGAUUCAGAGUGAGCCCCGAGUGCGGCUGGUGAUGGCUCAGCAUAUGAUAAGGGAUAUACAGACCUUACUCUCCCGAAUGGAGUGCCGAGGCGGGACCCAAGCCCAGCACAGCCAACCGCCUCUCCAGACGCCGACGGUGGCCCCAGAGCCAGUGGCCUUGACCUCCCAAACAUCAGAACCGGUAGAAAGUGAAGUGCCUCCUCGGGAGCCCAUGGAGGCGGAAGAAGUGGAGGAGCGUUCCUCUACCCAGAGCCCAGAGCUCACCCCUUCAGGCCCAGCCCCAGCGGGCCCAGCAUCUGCCCCAGAGACAAAUGCACCCAACCACCCUUCGCCUGCGGAGUACGUCGAGGUGCUUCAGGAGCUGCAGCGGCUUGAGAGCCGCCUCCAGCCCUUCCUGCAGCGCUACUAUGAGGUUUUGGGCGCCGCUGCCACCACGGACUACAACAACAAUCAAGAGGGCCGUGAGGAGGACCAGCGCUUGAUCAACUUGGUGGGGGAGAGCCUGCGGCUGCUGGGCAACACCUUUGUGGCGCUGUCCGACCUGCGUUGCAAUCUGGCCUGUGCACCCCCUCGUCAUCUGCACGUGGUCCGGCCCAUGUCUCACUACACCACCCCCAUGGUGCUCCAGCAGGCGGCCAUCCCCAUCCAGAUCAAUGUGGGGACCACUGUGACCAUGACGGGGAAUGGGACACGGCCCCCCCCGACUCCAAGUGCGGAGGCACCUCCCGCUGGUGCUGGGCAGGCCUCAUCCCUGGCCCCCUCUUCUGCCACCGUUGAGUCUUCGAAUGAGGGGGCUUCCCCGCCAGGGCCGGCUCCCCCACCGACCACCAGCCACCCGAGGGUCAUCCGGAUUUCCCACCAGAGUGUGGAACCCGUGGUCAUGAUGCACAUGAACAUCCAAGAUUCUGGCACACAGCCUGGUGGAGUUCCGAGUGCUCCCACUGGCCCCCUAGGACCCCCUGGUCAUGGCCAGACCCUGGGACAGCAGGUGCCAGGCUUCCCAACAGCUCCCACCCGGCUGGUGAUUGCCCGGCCCACCCCUCCACAGGCUCGGCCUUCCCAUCCUGGGGGGCCCCCGGUCUCAGGGGCUCUGCCGGGCGCUGGUUUGGGUACCAACGCCUCUUUAGCCCAGAUGGUGAGCGGCCUCGUGGGGCAGCUUCUUAUGCAGCCUGUCCUUGUGGCUCAGGGGACCCCAGGAAUGGCUCCACCUCCAGCCCCUGCCACUGCGUCAGCCAGUUCCGGUACCACCAACACCGCUACCACAGCUGGCCCUGCCCCCGGGGGGCCCGCCCAGCCUCCACCCCCUCAAGCCUCCGCCUCUGAUCUUCAGUUCUCUCAGCUCCUGGGGAACCUGCUGGGGCCUGCUGGGCCGGGAACUGGAGGGCCUGGUGUGGCUUCUCCCACCAUUACUGUGGCGAUGCCUGGUGUGCCCGCCUUUCUCCAGGGCAUGACGGACUUCUUGCAGGCAACACAAACAGCUGCUCCCCCUCCUCCUCCGCCUCCACCCCCACCACCCCCUCCGGCCCCAGAGCAGCAGACAGCGCCCCCACCGGGGUCCCCUUCUGGUGGCAGCGGGAGUCCUGGCAGCGUGGGUCCUGAGAGCCUGCCAUUGGAGUUCUUCACCUCAGUGGUGCAGGGUGUGCUGAGCUCACUGCUGGGCUCCCUGGGGGCGCGGGCUGGCAGCAGUGAGAGCAUCGCUGCUUUCAUACAGCGCCUCAGUGGGUCAAGCAACAUCUUUGAGCCUGGGGCCGAUGGGGCUCUCGGAUUCUUCGGGGCCCUGCUCUCUCUUCUGUGCCAGAACUUUUCCAUGGUGGAUGUGGUGAUGCUGCUCCACGGGCAUUUCCAGCCCCUGCAGCGACUCCAGCCCCAGCUGCGGUCUUUCUUUCACCAGCACUACCUGGGUGGCCAGGAGCCCACACCUGGUAACAUCCGGACGGCAACCCACGCAUUGAUCACGGGGCUUGAAGAAUAUGUGCGGGAGAGUUUUUCUUUGGUGCAAGUUCAGCCAGGUGUGGACAUCAUCCGAACAAACCUGGAAUUUCUCCAAGAGCAAUUUAAUAGCAUUGCUGCUCAUGUGAUGCACUGCACAGACAGUGGAUUUGGGGCCCGAUUGCUGGAGCUGUGUAACCAGGGCCUGUUUGAAUGCUUGGCCCUGAACCUGCACUGCUUGGGGGGACAGCAGAUGGAGCUUGCUGCUGUCAUCAAUGGCCGAAUUCGUCGCAUGUCUCGUGGAGUGAAUCCGUCCUUGGUGAGCUGGCUGACCACUAUGAUGGGACUGAGGCUGCAGGUGGUACUGGAACACAUGCCUGUAGGCCCUGAUGCCAUUCUCAGAUAUGUUCGCCGGGUUGGGGAUCCCCCUCAGACACUUCCUGAGGAGCCAAUGGAAGUUCAGGGAUCAGAGAGAACUUCCCCUGAGCCUCAGCGGGAGAAUGCUUCCCCGGCCCCUGGAACAACAGCAGAAGAGGCCAUGUCCCGAGGCCCACCUCCUGCUCCUGAGGGGGGCUCCCGAGACGAACAGGAUGGCGCUUCCUCUGAGACAGAACCUUGGGCAGCUGCAGUCCCCCCAGAAUGGGUCCCUAUUAUCCAGCAGGACAUUCAGAGCCAGCGGAAGGUGAAACCGCAGCCCCCUCUGAGCGAUGCCUACCUCAGUGGUAUGCCCGCCAAGAGACGCAAGACGAUGCAGGGUGAGGGCCCCCAGCUGCUUCUCUCAGAGGCCGUGAGCCGGGCAGCUAAGGCAGCCGGAGCUCGGCCCCUGACGAGCCCCGAGAGCCUGAGCCGGGACCUGGAGGCACCAGAGGUUCAGGAGAGCUACAGGCAGCAGCUACGGGCUGACAUACAGAAGCGACUGCAGGAAGACCCCAACUACAGCCCCCAGCGCUUCCCGAAUGCCCAGAGGGCCUUCGCUGACGAUCCCUAG